AUGUUAGACAUCACUUGCUUUUUAAUUUCAUUUGUAUUAGUUAAUGUUUGUCUUAUGAUUGCUACUGCUUUGAGUAAGACAAAUAUUAUUACAAGUUAUACUUCAAGAAAAAUAGUUCAUAUUUCUCUUGGAGUAUGUGAAAUAGUGAUGUGGGGAUGCUAUUCAGAAGAACCAACAGCUAGAAUUUGGGGAUCUAUGUGUUGUAUUCUUUAUUUAUUUGUCUUUUUAAUAUUUGGAAUGGGAUGGAUUAAAGGACCAAUUGCUGAUUUCUUAAUUGCCACAGUUUGUAGAAAUGGUGAUUAUAAAGAAAUGUUAUAUGGACCAUUGAAUUAUUGUUGUAUUAUGACAUUUUUAUCUCUUUUAUAUUGGAGAAAUUAUCCAGCAUCUAUAAUUGGAAUGAUGAUUAUGUUAACUGGUGAUGGAAUGGCUGAAAUAAUUGGUAAAAUGAUAGGAAAAACUCAACUCAAAAAUCCAUGGGGAAAAACUAAAACUAUUGAAGGAGCAAUUGCUGUAAUGGUUUGUGGAGCAGUUGGAGCAAUGGUAAUGUGCUAUAUUAUUUUUGGACAAAUCUAUUUCAUUCAAUCUAUUAUCUCAGGAUUAGUUGGUGCAAUAGUUGAAUUUUAUUCAUAUCCAAAUUAUGAUAAUGUGUUUAUUCCAUUAUCUUCAUUACUUUUAGGAUUUUUCAUCUUUUAA